GACACCAGGACCCGACGCUCUCGCGGCCCGGGUCUGUGCGUCUCCCUUCUCCCCGGACGGGGGCGACGACGGACUGGUUGGACCCCUGGACGAUGUCACGUGUUUUGUGGACAGUAUGGGUGUUGGGGGCUGUAACCAAACUCUCCAAGGAAGAGGGCCCUGAUCAGGCUUCUUCUCCAUCCUGUGACCCCAUGGGUGUCUGUGAUGGCCGCUUCAGAUCUUUAAAGUCCAUCCCGUCAGGGCUCACGGCUGCUGUGAGAAGCCUUGACCUCUCCAACAAUGAGAUUACCUACAUCCGCAACAGGGACCUGCAGGGCUGUGUGAACCUCAAGGCUCUGAAGCUGGCGUCUAAUGGAAUUAAUGCCAUAGAGAAAGAUUCUUUUAUUUCCCUGCGGAGUCUCGAACAUUUGGACUUAUCCUAUAAUCUCUUGUCAAACUUAUCAUCCUCCUGGUUCAGGCCCCUUUCUUCCCUAAAGUUCUUAAAUUUACUGGGAAAUCGUUACAAAUCCCUUGGGGAAACACCUCUUUUUUCUCAACUUACAAAUUUGCAAAUUCUGAAAGUAGGGAGUAUUGACAGCUUCACCGAACUUCAGGAAAAGGAUUUUGCUGGGCUCACUUUUCUUGAGGAACUCGAGAUUGAUGCUUCAAAUCUCCAGAGGUAUGAGCCAGAGAGUUUGAAAUCCAUUCAGAACAUCAGCCACCUGGCUCUUCGUAUGAAGCAGCCUGUUUUCUUGCUGGAGAUUUUUGUAGAUCUUUCAAGGUCCUUGAAACAUUUAGAACUGAGAGAUACUCAUUUGAACACUUUCCAUUUUUCGAAAGCAUCCAUCAGGGAAACAAAUACAUUGAUUAAAAAGUGGACGUUUAGAAACGUGAAAGUCACUGAUGGAAGUUUUAGCGAACUUGUGAAACUGCUGAAUUGUGUCUCUGGAGUGUUAGAAGUUGAGUUUGAGGGCUGUACCCUCGAUGGGCUUGGUGAUUUUGAUAUAUCCGAUAUGGACAAAAUUAAAAAUAUAGGUGGGAUAGAGACCUUAAUAGUACGGAGGUUGGCUAUUCAAUAUUUUUACUCAUUUUAUGAUAUGAGUAGUAUCUAUUCACUUACAGCAAACGUGAAAAGGGUCACAGUAGAAAGCAGUAAGGUUUUUCUGGUUCCUUGCCUACUUUCACGACAUUUAAAGUCACUAGAAUAUUUGGAUCUCAGUGACAAUUUAAUGGUUGAGGAAUCCUUGGGAAACUCAGCCUGUGAGCAGGCCUGGCCCCUCCUGCAAACCCUAAUUUUAAGGCAAAAUCGUUUGAAAUCAUUAGAAAAAACCGGAGAAACUUUGCUUACUCUGAAAAACCUGACUAAGCUUGACAUUAGUAAGAAUAAUUAUGUUUCUAUGCCUGAAACUUGUCAGUGGCCAGACAAGUUGAAAUACUUGAACUUAUCCAACACGAGAAUAUACAGUGUCACCCGUUGCAUCCCCUCGAUGCUGGAAAUUUUAGAUAUUAGCAAUAACAACCUCGAUUCCUUUUCCCUGAUUUUGCCACAACUCAAAGAACUUUAUAUUUCCAGAAAUAAGUUGAAGACCCUACCAGAUGCUUCCUUCUUACCCAUGUUACAUGUCUUGAGAAUCAGCAGAAAUACAAUAAGUACUUUCACUAAGGAGCAACUUGAUUCUUUUAGCACAUUGGAGGCUUUGGAAGCUGGCAGUAACAAUUUCCUUUGCUCCUGUGAAUUCUUGUCUUUCACUUGGGAGCAGCAGUCGCUGGCCCGGAUCCUGACCGACUGGCCAGACAACUACCUGUGUGACUCUCCAUUCUCCGUGCGCGGCCAGCGGGUUAAGGACACGCAGCUCCCGGCCUCUGAAUGCCACCAGGUGGCUCUGGUGUCUGCCGUGUGCUCGGUCCUCUUCCUGCUGAUACUGCUCACGGGCGUCCUGUGCCACCACUUCCAUGGGCUGUGGUACCUGAAAAUGAUGUGGGCCUGGCUCCAGGCCAAGAGGAAGCCCAGGAAAGCGCCACCCAGGGACGUGUGCUAUGAUGCCUUCGUGUCCUACAGUGAGCACGAUUCCUACUGGGUGGAGAACAUGAUGGUCCAGGAGCUGGAGCACUUCGACCCUCCCUUCAGGCUGUGCCUUCACAAGCGGGACUUUAUCCCCGGCAAAUGGAUCAUUGACAAUAUCAUUGACUCCAUCGAGAAGAGCCACAAGACCAUCUUUGUGCUCUCAGAGAACUUUGUGAAGAGCGAGUGGUGUAAGUAUGAGCUGGACUUCUCCCACUUUCGACUUUUUGAUGAGAACAACGAUGCCGCCAUUCUGAUUCUUCUGGAGCCCAUUGAGAAGAAGGCCAUCCCCCAGCGUUUCUGUAAGCUGCGGAAGAUAAUGAACACUAAGACCUACUUGGAGUGGCCCACAGAUGAAACCCAGCAGGAAGGGUUUUGGUUAAAUUUGAGAACAGCAAUAAAGUCCUAGAUUCCUUCAUUAAAGGCCGGUCUGGGUCUGCUGGUGGUCUUUGUAUAUCACUAGUGGUAGCUUAUUCUGACACGGUUGUAUGGAAACUGUUUGCAUACUUGCUUAUUAAAACCAGUAAAACUGUUGAUAUUUUGUUUUGUUUUAUAAAAACUACCAGAGUAAAAAUAAAAGGUUCUUGGUUUUUCUUUAUCCUGUGAGAUAAUCAUGAUCUAGUCCAUUACUGACAUCAAGAUUAUCUGUAGCUUAGUUCCUUAGGAAAUAGCACAAACGAACAGAUCUCAUAGGAAUAUGUUGGUCAGUUUUCUGCAGAGACACUCAUUUGUGUCUGCAGAUGGCAUUCUCUGCCCCCUUGGACUGUCUCCUCUGUGUGACUACUCUUGAGAACAACAGGGCAAAAGGUUGGGGAACUCAGCCAAACUUGUCGCUAUUCCUAGAAAAAAAGUGCCUUGAAAAUUUUUCAGGAUGCAGAAUUACCUACAUGGUGAUGUCACGUGACCUGGGUGUGCCUUUCUGGGUGUUGGAUGGGUUUCUUCAGUCACAGUUACUUGAGAGAGACCCUAGAACACCAUAUACAGUAAAUUAUAUCUUUCCAUGGAAAUGGCACUGGUGAAGAAGAGCUGACCCUUGAACAAUGCAGGAGGGGCAGUGAUAUAUCCUUUCCCCACUGUGCACUUGGAAAUCUGUGCACGUGACUUUGACUUCUCAAAACCUUAAUUACUAGUAGUUUAUGGUAGACCAGUAGCCCUGCUGAUAAACAGCCGAUUGACACACAUUUUGUAUGUUAUAUGUAUUAUAUAUGGUAUUCUUACAAAAAAGUCAGCUAGAGAAAAGAAAAUGUUAAGAAAAUCAUUAAUCUGUGCAUAAAUGGACCCACACUGGUCAAACCACUGCUGUUCAAGGGGCAAGUGUAAAUAAAAUACUCUAUUCAGAGGACUUCAAAGGAAGCUCCCAUA